AUGGCUUUAAAGGUUGUUCUCGCUUUGUGCGCUAUUGUAGCAAUCGCAGCAGCAGUGCCUGCUCAAUCUGGCUGGCCCGGUGCUGAGGCUGGUGGUCCACCAGCUGUAGGAGCAAACCCAUGGAUUCCACCAUGGAUUGCCUCUGCCCCAUGGUUCCCACGAUGGGUACCAUGCACCACUGUCGGAUCCGCCUGCCUUGACUGCUCAACCAAACUUGUAUGCACUAAAAUAGGUGGUAUGCAACGCGCCUGCAGUGACCCGACAUUGCCAUACUGCAACCUAGGAGAAUGCUCCGCCACGCCAUCAGCUGAGUGCGCAGUUCCCGCAGAUCCCGCUGCC